GCCGGGCCGGCCGGCUGGGGAGUGCGGGUUUAUUCUGCGCGCGCUGCCAGCCGAGGCUCCUGCCGCCGUGACCCGCGCUCCGCCCGCCGCCGGGCUGGGACCCUGAUAGCUAAUGUCAGAAGAAAGUGACUCACUGAGAACCAGCCCCUCUGUGGCCUCACUCUCCGAAAAUGAGCUGCCGCUUCCUCCGCCUGAACCUCCCGCCUAUGUGUGCUCCCUGACAGAAGACUUGGUCACCAAAGCCAGGGAAGAGCUUCAGGAGAAGCCAGAGUGGCGACUCCGGGAUGUGCAGGCCCUUCGAGAUAUGGUGCGGAAGGAGUACCCGCAUCUGAGCACAUCACUGGAUGACGCCUUCCUGUUACGCUUCCUGCGGGCCCGAAAGUUUGAUUAUGACCGGGCCCUGCAGCUGCUGGUCAACUACCAUGGCUGCAGGCGGAGCUGGCCAGAGGUCUUCAGCAACCUGAGACCCUCAGCCCUGAAAGACGUUCUCAGCUCCGGAUUCCUCACAGUGCUACCCCACACGGACCCCAGGGGCUGCCAUGUCCUCUGCAUCCGACCAGACAGAUGGAUACCAAGCAACUACCCAAUAACUGAGAACAUCCGAGCCAUUUACUUGACAUUAGAAAAACUCAUUCAGUCUGAGGAGACCCAGGUGAAUGGGAUUGUAAUUCUCGCUGACUACAAAGGAGUGAGCUUAUCCAAAGCAUCUCAUUUUGGUCCGUUUAUAGCCAAAAAGGUGAUUGGCAUCCUUCAGGAUGGCUUCCCCAUUCGGAUAAAAGCAGUCCAUAUAGUGAACGAACCUCGGAUAUUUAAAGGCAUUUUUGCCAUCAUAAAACCAUUUCUGAAGGAAAAAAUAGCAAACAGGUUCUUCCUCCACGGUUCUGACCUGAACUCUCUCCACACAAACCUUCCAAGGAGUAUCCUCCCCAAGGAGUAUGGGGGCACAGCUGGUGAGCUGGACACUGCCACCUGGAAUUCGGUGCUGUUGGCCUCGGAGGAUGAUUUUGUAAAAGAGUUCUGCCAGCCUGUGCCUGCCUGCGACAGUCUCCUGGGCCAGCCCCUGCUACCUGAAGGGCUGAUCUCAGAUGCGCAGUGUGAUGACGCCAUGCGAGCCAUGAAGUCCCAGCUCUACUCCUGCUAUUAGCACUCUACUGGGAGAGCCACCCUGGAUAACUCCUUCCUUCCUUAGGAAUGCACAAGGCUUAAGGUGCCGAGGCCUCAGUCUUGCACCAUCAUUAUGCAGCAGCAUGGAGCUGCGCUUAGAGACUCCAGGGCAAGCCCAUCACAGGCAGGCCUUUGACUACCUGGAUAAUUCCAGGGAAGACACAGAAAUUUCCCUGGUGAUUCCCAAAUAUUUGGACUCUUAAGUUUGCAACUCCUAGUCCGGAAGCUUUAUCUGUUCCAUAUGCAUCCUGGAAGCAACAGGGGUCAAAGUCACUCUGAAGUGACCAGAAGACAACCUGAUUGAUCAUGACUCUGAAGCAACUACCAGUAAUGAAAGGUGGCCACAUGUGAGACUUUUGAGUCUCCUUCCCAUAAACUCUAGGUGUUGACUUCUGUUGCUCAUCAGCAAAAUUCAAGGUUCAGGCCUCAGUUGUUACUGCUGGGUCUGGAAAACACUGUUAACUGAGCAGCAGAAAUACCAGGACACAGGCAGCACCUAACGAUCAAAUUUGGAAGCCAAAGGCUUCAGAGCAUCCCUGGGAUUCCAAGGUUGAAUCUUGCAAAAGAAUCUUCCCAGACCCAUAAAGCCUUAGCUCUGGUUCUCUGUGGAAUCACACAGGUCAACAUAAAAUACUGGGUUCUAGUACUGCGUGGCUGAAAGCAUUUGGACUAGGAGUCAAUUGUGUGACUGGGUAGGACAUGGAACUCAGCUUGUCAUUUCUGAAGUGAGGCUAGGUGGCAUGGGGACCUUUGGGGAUGCUGAAGAUGUUAGGUUUUCUGCUUGGAAAGAUGACCACCUAGAGGUGAUUGAGUCUUGUUUCUUUGUGAUAUGCAUGCAAGCCUCAUGUAAAGGAGUGUCACCAUUUGGCCCUGCCUUUAAAGAAACUAGUAUGAUCCUGGGACUUGGUGGUAACCAACUGCCUUUGUAGCACAAUGGGUAAACUUGAAAGGUAUGGCUUUUGUGAGGCUGGCCAAGUCUUGUACCCAGAUCUUAUAUAAAAUCUUUCUACCCUGGAGACACUAGCAGCAUAUUAGAAACAGCCACAGUAAUCGCCAGUUUGGGGCUUCUUCAGUUUUUGUCCCUGGGAACACACAGGGGCAGGUUAUUGCUGGUUCACCUGAGAGGCCCUGCCCUCCCAGACACGCUAGAGUGUUUGUCUAGUGUGGGAGGACCAGCUGGCCAGAAUGUGAGUUCUGUGUUUGGGCACUUUAGACACCUGUCAAGAUUUCAGCCUUAACCCAAGCAUCGAGUAAGGUAUUUAUCUCCUGGUUUUUGACCUGCUUCCUUUGGUAUUCAUUGUGUAUUAUGGUGUUAAGUAGUGUCCGGAACUGUUGUUUGUGCACUUAAUAGACUAAGCAGGCAUUGCACACAGCUUAUAGACAGUGCUUUGAGAUUCAAAGGUCAGUCGGUUGUCACUAAGCUGUUCUACCCUUACAGCAGUUCCCAACACGUCCACAGAAGCCCUUUAUGGAAACUUACCUCAAUAAUGCCAAUUCUGGGGACAUUGUUUUCACCAUAGAUGCUAAUCCUUGAUCUUCACCAUAGAUGCUAAUCCUUGAUCUUCUAGGCCCUGGCCGAGCUCAAGUGCCAAAACACACCACUCUUGACUAUCCAUGGAGACUAUUUGCAGCUGAGUUUCUGCUAUUUGAUUUAGCUCCUGCAGGUUUUCUGCCUAAAGAGACAGCCACCCAGACACCUGAAACCCUGAAAAGACCCAUGAUGGCUCCAACCCCAACCACCUGGAUGGGAGCAUCUAUGAGAAGCUUUCUUAGGUCCUAGGUGGGUAGAGAGCAAAAGGAAAAAAACAGACCAAGGUAAAGAUGAAUCCCUUAGCCCUACCAGGCUGACUGGUUUAAAGCCUGUCACAUGACUAGCUAGUUCUUUGUCUAUUUUUGACUUAACAAAGGGACAGUCAGGCUUAUGGGGGAGAAAUCUCAGAGCAGAAAUGCUGCCUGCUUGCCAGGCCUUUCUGGUUAGGCCAAGAGCGAGCCAUUCCAUAAAGUCUCUCAGGAGACUAUCUGCUGUCUGCCCCAGCUAC